UGAGUGUGUGACAGAGACACCUGCAGUGCACACAACCUACAAAAUGUCAAAGCUGAACUCAUCGCUCUACUAGGAACAUCACAUACCAAUCGAUGCUGAGGGAGGCGCAGCGACGCUUAAAAAGACGGCUUGUUUGAUAAAUAGAAGCAUUUCCGCCUGACUCAGGAUCACUGAACACAGAGCGACAAUCAGCCGUUACAUGCGACCACGAUGAAGAGCUUAAUUCAAUCCACCUUCAUUCUAAUUGCUGUGCUCGCCUCAACAAUGGGGGCUGAGGAUGUGAUCAGGUUUGCUCAGGUGGGAGAAACGGUUAAACUUGUGCCUCAGCCGCCAAAUCCCCAAAGACAUUACGUGAUCUGGCAUUUCCAUGACUUGAAUAGUCCUUAUCUUGGCUCGGCCAACUCCUUUGGUGGAAAAACGAUCUCGGAAAAUGAAUCCUGGAAAAAAUGGCUGUCCAUGGAAGGGUACUCAUUGGUUAUCAGCAACAUCCAGGAAGCGCAUUUUGGGAAGUUCAUCUUUAAAAUGACUUCUUCUGAUCUUCAAAGUCCAUUUUUCCAAACAUUUCGAAUCAUCAAAGUCGAUGUGACUAUGAAACCACCCUCUCUCCUGCUGCCUGAAGAUUCUCUGUCUCUGACCUGCACCGUGGGAGUUCAAAUGCCCAACAAACCGAGCAUUCAGUGGCUCAAUGCCCAAGGACAGAAAGUGACAACUCGCAACGGAUUGCACACCAGCAGAGUCACAGGCCAAGACAAUGGUCAGUGGACCUGUGUUGUGACAAGUAACAACAAAGAACAAAAGAUCCCAGUCUCUGUUAAAGUUGCAGACUUCUCCCCGGCUCCUUCACAUAAAUAUACAUCUACAAGCUCCUCUCUCAGCAUCCCUUGUUCCAUUCUUUCUAACAUCUGGGAACAAUUAAAAACAAAGGACAUCGAGGAGGUUAAGUGGGACUUCUUCCCUCAGGCAUUCUCAGGUCCUGUUUCUCGCGAUGGACAGAAGCUUUUCUCCCUCUCUCUGGAGGAUCCAUUGACCUGGAAGAAAGAUCAAAACAGAGGACUGAGUCCAGCACCAGACGUGAAAAACGGAAAUCUGUCACUGACUAGAAUUCGAGGAAAAGAAAACGACAGAGGGAGCUACGAAUGCUCCAUAAAAUUUAAAGGGGGUAAAAUUCUGAAGAGGACUGUGCAUGUAGACGUGUUGCAAAUCAUCGCCUCCCCAGGAACGGAGAUGAUUCUUGGUCAGAUGGUCAACCUGUCUUGCACCACUGGUAGUCCGCUGCCCUCUGAUGUGCAGUUAAAAUGGUUUCCACCUGAAAAACCCUCCGUGUCGAUACCUGACCAUCACUCUGCCCGUCUCACCAUCCCAGAAGUAGGCAGCGGGCACAGCGGAAAGUGGAGGUGCGAGCUGUGGCAAAGCAACAUCCGGCUGACGUCAGCUGUGGUAAAACUGUCAAUCGUGGAACCCAAAAUGAACGUGUGGAUGGUGGUGAUCAUAUGCAGCACUGCAGUCAUCAUAAUACUCCUCGUCGUAGUCGCCGUCAGCAUCCGCCGACGCAGACAACGGAGGAUGAGACACCUCAGGCAUCAAGUCUGCCAAUCCCCAAACCCAAAGGAUUCUACAGAACAUAAUACGACUGUUUCAAGAGGACAUGGCAACCAGCUGAAUUUAUACCCAAAGGAGAUGAAUUCUUCAGUCAUAUAAACGGCACGCUGCACACGACAGUCUGAAAGGCGAAGGCAACAUAACCUCAUGCCGGAUUGUCAGAUAAGACUGUCUUAACAACAACAAAGGAUGUCGCAGUUGUACAUAUCAGCCAGUUAUGAUGUGUUUUAUAUUUGUAAUGUAACAUAAUCGGUUUUCAUAAACGGUUGUUCAUAAUUAUUACUGUCUGUAACUUUAUUUCUUUCACAUUAUUUUAGGUUAAUCCAUUUAUAAACUGAAUGUCUUGUCAUGUCUUUGAUGUUUUAUAAUACUGCAACGAUAUAGUUGGUUGCUCGCUUCUGCAGUUAAUACGCAGGCAUUAUUUGUGCACACAUGAUGAUACUUUCUGAUUGAAAAUGAAAACCUGGUCUCUUUGGCAGAAGAAUGUUGAUGAACCAAACAAAACAAAAAGCAAAAUGUAAAAAUAUUGACAACUGUCAUAAAUGUACUAUAAAGUUUUUCAAUAAAUAUAUUUCAUAUCCA